AUGGUCAGCCUUAGCGCCAAGUUUCAAAUCUCGGCUUCCAACCACACGGAGUUCUACAUCUAUUACCUGGCGAAGCACUCUAAGAAGUGGACGCGUCGCAUGCAUCUCAUCGGCACCGCGGUCGGCGUCGUUGGCGCGGCUGUGUCGGCGGUGCGCAUGGACGUCAUCGGUGCCACUGUGAGCGCCGCUGUGGGUGUGGCGAUUUGCUGGGCUGGUGAUACAGCGGUGGAGCAGACGCAGCCGACCACCUUUAAGAACCCCAUCUGGUCGGUCAUGUCUAACUUCAAGAUGGUCGCAUCGAUGCUGAAGGGCGACAUGAGGAUCUAG